AUGGCCUCGGUGGUGCGCAGUGCGUUGGGUGCCUUGGGUGGUGUGCGUAGCUACGUUUCCAAGGCCGGCAUGACUGUGGAAGAGAGUAUCCGCGAGAAGGUGACGGGCGCCCUUGCGCCCGAGCACCUCUUUAUCCGUAACGACUCCGCAAAGCACGCCCACCAUGCGGCGAUGGCCGCGCAGAACGGCGGCAACGGCGAGACGCACUUUUUCGUGGAAGUCGUCUCGGACCAGUUCCAGGGCAAGCCCCAAAUCCAGCGCCAUCGCGCCGUGAAUGCGCUCCUCUCGUCGGAGUUUGAGCGGGGCCUGCACGCGCUGAGUCUGCGGCUCAAGACUCCGUCCGAGAUUGCCGCAGAAAAGACGGGCUGCUGCUCGUCUAGGUAG